CAGCAACUUGCGAUGUAUAUUGCCACGGUUUAUUAGUUUAUUUUUAAUAUUAUAAUUUUCUACACGUCUUUAGUAUCAUAUAUCAAUAAUUUGCCUGUAUUUGAAAUAGAAAAUCUAAAUGCUAGAUAAGUGAACUUGACAGUUGGCGCCAACAAUAUUUUUCACUCGGUUGCAUCUGCACGCACAGCUAGAGGUGACCUUCAAGGAGUGAAUUCAAGACUUUUGAGACACACCUCUCAGUUUCUCUCCUUUUUGACUGGUUGAACUGUAUUUACCAUCCUUUUUCAGCAAGUCGAAUUGUUGACGUACCGGCAGUCACAUUUUGAUCAGAUAAAAAACAUACACCGUGUGUGGUUUAUUUUAGAAAUUUCAAAAAUUUGACUGGAACAUUGGUUAUAGUAGGCAAGAUGUCAAGGGACCGGGCUUCUAGAAGAUUUUAUAGGAUGGAUUCCAGCUACAAUCUUUUGGGCUUCAUGGAUCAUGGAAUGAUUGCAGAAGAACAAAACCGAUGGACUUUUGAAGUAGCUUGGGAAGCAGCUAACAAAGUUGGUGGCAUCUAUACUGUUAUAAGAUCAAAGGCUUUUGUAUCAACUGAGGAACUGGGUGACCAAUAUUGUCUAAUUGGACCUUAUAAGGAACACUGCGCUAGAACUGAGGUUGAGGAGGGUCCACUAGGCUCAGAGUCCCUCAAUAAAGCAGUGAAUGUAAUCAGAGAUCGUGGUUAUAAGGUGCACACUGGGAGAUGGUUAGUGGAUGGAAAUCCUCAGAUCAUCCUUAUGGAUGUUGGAUCUGCAGCUUGGAAACUUGAUGAAUUCAAAUCAGAACUAUGGAAUAAAACAAAUAUUGGCAUACCUCAUUUGGAUAUUGAAUGUAAUGAUGCCAUUAUCUUGGGUUACAUGGUGGCUGACUUCCUUUCAGAGUUUAGAAACCAAGCCGAAGAAUUCGGCAAUGGCACUCCAGCCCGAGUUUUAGCACAUUUCCAUGAAUGGCAAGCUGGUGUGGGCCUGAUAGCUCUACGCACUAGGCACACUAACAUCGCCACAGUAUUCACCACUCACGCUACUCUGCUUGGUCGGUACCUCUGCGCUGGAAGUUUGGAUUUUUACAACAAUCUCAGCAAAUUUAGUGUGGACGAGGAAGCCGGCAAACGUCAAAUAUAUCAUAGGUACUGCUUGGAAAGAGCCGCUUCACAUCUAACACAUACAUUCACCACUGUGUCAGAAAUAACAGGUAUCGAGGCAGAGCAUUUACUGAAAAGAAAACCUGAGGUGAUUACACCGAAUGGUUUGAAUGUCAAAAAAUUCUCGGCCAUCCACGAAUUUCAAAAUUUACACGCUAUAGCUAAGGAAAAGAUACACGAAUUCGUGAGAGGACAUUUUUAUGGGCACUUUGAUUUUGACUUGGACAAGACGUUGUAUUUUUUUAUCGCUGGACGGUAUGAAUUUAUAAACAAAGGUGCCGACAUAUUUAUUGAAGCCCUUGCGAGACUUAAUCACUACUUAAAGUCGUCUCAUCCUGAUGUAACUGUAGUAGCGUUUUUGAUAUUUCCUGCCAAAACUAACAAUUUCAACGUGGAGUCGUUGAGAGGACAUGCUGUUACAAAAUCUCUCAGGGAGACCAUACACGAUAUACAAACCGACAUGAGCAAAAGAAUGUACGAUCUUUGUUUAAGUGGCCGAUUACCUGAUGGACAGAAUAUCCUUUUGAAAGAAGAGAUGGUGCGUCUUAAACGAUGUAUUUUUUCACUGCACAGAGAUACAAUGCCCCCCAUCACAACUCACAAUGUUGUAGAUGAUUGGAAUGAUCCUGUUUUGAAUUCCGUUCGACGAUGUAACCUCUUCAAUACCACCUAUGACAGAGUUAAGAUUGUUUUCCAUCCAGAGUUUCUGAGUUCCACAAAUCCUCUGUUCGGCUUGGACUAUGAAGAAUUCGUCAGGGGGUGCCAUUUAGGUGUUUUUCCGAGCUACUACGAACCUUGGGGCUAUACACCUGCUGAAUGUACCGUUAUGGGGAUUCCUAGUGUUACUACAAACUUAUCAGGUUUGAUUUAUAUCAUUGAUUAAUAUAUUCUCCUAGAAGGUAUCAAACUCAAUUAAAAGCCGUGUCCGCUCGAAAAUAAUCAUAACUAUCAAGAAGCCAGUAACUAGGUAUGCUUACAACUGCCUGCCGACCACUGACUUUAGGUGUCAAUUUUGCCACCUCCCGUUGAGAGAUUCUUAGAAUACAACUUAGGAAUAAUUACGAGUUGUGUUGAGUGCGAUAUUCCCUCGGAAGGUUGAUGUUAUCUUUAAGAACAAAAAUAUCCGUUGAACGAAAAAUGUAUUGUUUCUGUUAUUUCUAAGAGAAUUACUAGGGUCCUAACAUGAUAACAUAUAAGCAUAACGUUGGGCCGUGCCGAAUAUAGAACUUGGUUUUGAAGGGACUGACAGGCUGUCAAAGUUGAGCGUUUUUGACCAAUAAAAUAUAGGGCAUUAAACCUAAAAAUAUGACCAUUUUUUUAAAGAAAUGUCUCAUAUUUUAUAAGAUAUUCGGAUAGACCCUCUAAAAAGAAGAAAAUUGAUAGCACUCCGAUGAGUGGUUGAGUUAUAAUGUUCAAAAACGCUCAACUUUAACAGCCUGCCAGAUCUCCAUAAAGUACUCAUAAAGCUUCAAAAUGAGGUACCACUCAACCGCCCAUUCUAUUUGAAAAAAUUGUCCAAUUUCAGAUUGCUGACUUUGACCCGUUCGAAAAACAAGUAGAGGACUUUUGAAAAGCUCUGUUUAUCUAUCCAUGAGAUACGAAAUUACUAUUAAAGCAUUAAAACAGGUUUAAAAUACCAUCAACGAAUUUCAAAACCCAUAUACGGGUACUCUUGUUAUACAUAUCGAUAUUUACGAGUACUUUAAAGCAAGAACAAAAGAUAGGACAAUGCAGUAUUUCUAGGUCCGUAGCUGGAAUUAAUGUUUCGGACCUAGAACUCGUAAUUUUCUGGACUAGCCUGUUACGAAACCUCUAGUCCGUCAUCAACGAAUUUAGCCUAAGUAGAAGAAGCCAGUUAAGCAAUUCUUUGUCUUCUUGUUUUCAUAGUCUCUAGUGAGGAUCAAAGUUCACUUGACAUGUCAAUUUUUCGAGAUUUCUGUCAUUAAAUUCGUAUAAUUAGUGUUAUACUUAAAAGUUGAAGUGUUCGCAGAUAAUAGGUAAUUCGACUAAAUAUUAAUUUGCCCAGAACAUGAUCAGUAUUUUGUACCGUGUAACGUUUGGGCAAGCAUCAUCCCUCCCCCAAUACAUGUUAAGAACAUUAUGGCAUCAACUUAAUUAAACCAAAUUCAUUGCUUUUAGGUUUUGGUUGUUUUAUGCAAGAACACAUUGUAGACCCCCAAUCCUACGGCAUCUACAUUGUAGACAGGAGGUU